AUGGCAUUCUCAAUUCCACAGUCGACUAGGGAGUGCACUCAAUUCGAUGUACAUUCCCUGAUUGGUGACUCGACAUUAAAGUACAAAACUAACGAAAGAGUACAAAACUUUCAGCAGAAUCCAACACCGUCCCGAAUGGAACGCCACGGCCAUCUUCAAACCAACACAACACCUAGCUACACAGUUUUGGGAUCGGGCAGUGAACCAAGCGAAUCCCUAAACGUGGACCCUGAUUCCGCUAAGAAUAAGAGCACACAAAAGAAAUCGAGACGUCGGCCGCCUUAUUCAUACAUUGCUUUGAUAGCAAUGGCCAUUCAGCAAUCCUCCGAGAAAAGAUUAACUUUAGACGGUAUUUGCAAGUUCAUUCGCGAUAAAUUCCCUUUCUAUCGUGAAACGUACCCGGCUUGGAAGAUUUGUAUUCGGAACAAUCUUUCCUUGAAUGACUGCUUUGUCAAGACGGGAAUCAAGUCAGACGAGCCUUUGAAAGGAAAUUAUUGGACUCUAGAUCCAGAGAGCUACAACAUGUUUGAAAAUGGAAGCUUUCUAAGAAGAAAGACACGUUUCAAACGACAAGAACGCGUUCGCGAAGAGCACGCUAGUAAGUCAUGUCUGAGAGAAACUCCUGGGUACCCUACAAGUCCGUUAUUGUACAAUGAUCUAAACAUGAGACUUAACAGUAACUUUGUCCUACCAAGUUGCUCAGGCCUCAAUUACAUAGACACCCCAAAGAUUUCAACCACAAUGUCAAACCCUUAUCUGCCUUGGCCAAGUCCGUAUAUAUCUUCGCCAGCGAGAGAUUCAAGUCUACAGUGGCCGACAUCCUAUUCAUCAUUCCUACCGCCCUACUACAAUCAUCUGAACUCGUGUACGCCCUGCUCGUGUACGGUGUGCGAUUCUUCAAAAAAUCUCUAUCUAAGACUAUCGAACUGA